AUGCCGAAACUAAAGAUCAUACAAACAACUGGCUGCAGUAGGCGGUCUCAUCCAUAUGACAAUAGGAAGCCCACGAGCAAGAACAAGACGACACCAGUUGCGACUAAACUUGUUACAACAAUGCCGACUGUUAACUCCGGAGAACCUAUUAAUAUAAUCCUUACCGAACGAAGUAAUGUUAAAAAGGGAAUGAUUGAACUGAAAUCCAAGCUAAAAACUGGAAAAGAGGCUGAAUUAAAGCUCAAAUCAAAGUUGCCAACUUAUAUUAGGAAAAACCAAUUUGAGCAACCGUUUGGUCUAUAUGGAGUGGCCAACUCGAGACAGAUUGAGCGUACGCCUCAGAAGACGCAAGAGCUGAACUAUAGGAAGCCAAAAUCAGACAGUACCCCCAAUCGCUGUCAUCAAAAGAGCCUGAGUUUCCGUCUGCUGGUCGCUGGUCGUUCUAUUCUAAGUGCGCAAGCACCGUCUUCAGAAGGAACACAGAAUGAUUUACGGAAAGCAUUAGCGAAAUUAGCAAAAAGGUGCAGACGAAUAGAAACGGCUUGUGAGAAGCCGGUUGAGAAGGUUACCCCAUGUCAGGCACGAGACGGAAAGGGAAUAUUAAAACAUUCGACGUCUAAUCGAAAUACGCCAAAAAAGACCGUCAAUUUUGCUCCAUAUAGCCAAGUACGACUUUACGAAAGAGAUGAUUAUAUUGAAUAA